AUGUUGAUUGAUGAAUUUAAAUGUAAAAUUAGAGCAUACAACAUGUUGAAAUUUGAUGGUGAGAAUAGUUUUGGAUUAAGAGGUGGAAAAAAACCAAAGGUAGGAGGAGGAGGUGGCGCUGGUGCUAAUGGUGGUCAACCUGACAAUGGGGCUCCUCCUUUUUCUAAAUCAAAUAACUUUGGUCCAUAA